CUAUAACCAAUUGCAAAGAAACUAGAGAGAAGAACAAGAGGCUAGCUCGGCUUUGGUGAGGCGCCGCGCGCCGGCCACCCUCCUCCCCCCGGGUCUCCAUCCACCAUGCUUCCGAGGAGCCAGAGAAGCAUCUUCCAUCUCGGGGAGGAGGGUGGCGACGACGAGCUGCUUGGCGCCGCCGCUGAUGACGGCGAGUACAGUACGGUGGUCAGCGUCCAUCGCCACCAGCAGCGCCCUGCGACCCGACGGCGAGACGGCGGCGGCGGCGCCGUCGUCGUCGGGCUGCAGAUCGUGCUCGACGAGAAGCACCAGCCGCAGCACCGCGUCGUGCUCAAGCAGAUGGUCUGGCCGCCGGCGCAGGCGCGUCGCCGGAGGCGUCGUCCAUGCAGCUUCAUGAGGGCGUGCUCCCUGUGCAGGCGGGAGCUCAGCCCGGACAAGGACGUGUACAUGUACAGGGGUGACCAGGGGUUUUGCAGCGAGGAGUGCCGGUGGCAGCAGAUCUUGACGGACAAGAAGAGGGAGCAGGACGCCAUGGCCAAGAAAGAACGGCGAGACCAGCAUCAGCAUCAGCGUCAGCACCACCACCACCACCACCGGCUGCCGCGGCCGACGGCGGCGGCGAUCCGCGGCAGCUCGCCGAGGAGACUACUGGCCGUAGCCUAAGCCUAGCACACAAGCGAAGCGUACAAUAUACUUACUUGUGUGAGACUGUGAGCCAUGUUUGGAUAUGAUCGAAUCAGUCAGAACGAAAAUUUUCUACUGAACUAUCUGUAAAAUAUGGAGAUCGAUGUAGUUAACAAGAAACUUGAUGAGAGGGAGCAGCAAGGUACGUAUCGAGUAAUCCGAGGCAAAUUUAAGGGAAAUGAACAAAAAAUGAAAUGUUUGGGAAAAAAGAAAAUCUGCAGGCUUUCAUGGGUGUAAGUUUGUAACUGAUUCUGGACAUAAGAAUCAAAGAAGUUAAAAAAAAAGCUGCCAUUCUUGCGAGUUAAAUCAAUUAUAUUUUAGAGGAUGCGAUUGAUUCCCAGUCGAGUAGUAACUCGUGGAAUAAUUCUGAACACAAGUAUACCAAGUUCUGAUGAAUCAUUUGCUUCGAGAUGCCGAGGUGCCAAAACGAAGUGGG